AUGGCGACCGGCGGUUACAAUUCUCUGCCGUCCUUCUCCAAGGUGCCUAAGGGCAGGCGAACACAGCGUCACCGCCAAUCGCCUCUGUCGGUUUCUUGGCUCACCGAAAGUGAGAAGAAGUGUGCCCUCGCGCUCCAGGACUUAUCAAGGGCUCCGCCAAUUUCACUACCGUUGCUGUCGCAGCAGGACAAGCCACUUCCGCCGCAGCCGCCUAUCCGACAGCCGUUUCCGUCUGUAUCUCCGGCUCCGACACAGCGCAACCAGGCGAGUUAUGUCGUAUGUUCCCAGUGCAGUAAGGUGUUCUCUUCCUACCAGGCCUUGGGGGGCCACAAAGCCAGCCAUCAUAAGUUCCCCGCCGAAAACAAGCCUCACGCUUGCUCUUUUUGCUCCAAGUCGUUCGCGACUGGGCCAGCGCUAGGCGGGCACAUGAGGGCUCACUACGAGAGGAUUAGACGGCAAGCCGCAGCCGAGAACAGGCCGAUGGCUGGGCCAUCGUCCUCGCUGACUGAGUGCUCGACGGCGAUGGGCUUGUUAAUUGACCUCAACCAGGAGGCGAUGCCGGAAGCGGAAUUGGCUAAGGAAGAGGAAACAGUGAGCUCUCAUCCGGCGGCGGCGGCCACCUCUCCCCCUCCUCGCUUCUUUACUGAUCUUGUCCGGAAUAUGAGUCGGAUUAAAGGCGGGUGUACUGUUGUUGGUGUUGACGGAGGGGUGACUGAGAUACCUUUCUCGUAUGCGCUUAUGAAAACGGAUUCCCACGUGAUGCUGAUGACCGACAAUGACUGA